AGUAAAUUGUCCGGUUCACUUCAGUCUGCGGAAUCCAGAAACAAGUGAGAGCAGUAAAUACGUGUCAAAUUCAACAUUUCAGCAAGCUUUCCCGAAGACGUGUGAAGGGACGCCGCAGCGUUGCCUUGCCACAGCUUGUGUGAGUCCCCUCCAGCAGCAGCAGCAGACCGGGUCCGGCUGUCAGCUGUGUGCAGUGAAGCACACACACGCACCGCACACAUACCAGACACACACACCUUAGAUGAUGGUGGACUCCACGUUGGCUCAAGUGGGCAAAAAUCUGAGUGAAGCCAUGAGAAUCCUGGAAGAUGGACAGAGAGAGAAUGAGGUGGGGCCAGAGAAGUGGCGCCUCAACAGAACCAGCAUCCCUGGACCCCUGCAGGGAGAUGGUCAGGAUGUUGCCACUAUUUUGCACCUUGUCCACAACCUCAUUCAUGAUGAGGAGGAGGAAGAGGACAAGCCAAGCCAACAUAGGAUGCAGAAUGUGGGUGAACAGGGUCACAUGGCCUUGCUGGGUCACAGCCUGGCAGCCUACAUAUCUGUGUUGGACAGAGAGCGGCUACGGAAGUUGACUACUCGGAUCCUGUCUGACACCACACUGUGGCUCUGCAGACUGUUCAGGUAUGAGAACGGUUCAGCCUACUUCCAUGAGGAUGACAGGGAUGGCCUAGUCAAAGUGUGUCGGCUGGUCAUUAAUGCCCGUUAUGAAGAGUAUGCCUCUGAGGGCUAUGCAAUCCUCAGCUCCAAACAACCAGUCAUCUACCAGAGUGCCUCUGGCAGGCCCGGACUGGGGCAGCAUCUGUGCAGCCAGCUUGGCCUCCCUCUCUCUAGUCUGUGUACAGUCCCAUGCAAUACCAUCUUUGGAUCCCAACACCAAAUGGACAUUGCCUUGUUGGACAAACUAAUCAAAGAGGACAUAGAAGCUGGGAAGCUUCCUCUGCUGUUGAUCGCCAAUGCAGGUACCCCUGGGGCAGGACAUACAGACAAAUUGGGUCGUCUGAAAGACUUGUGUGAUCAGUACAGCAUGUGGCUGCAUGUGGAGGGGGUCAACCUGGCAACCCUAGCACUGGGUCAGAUCACCUCUGCUAUCAUGGCAGCCACCAAAAGUGACAGUAUGACACUGACACCAGGUCAGUGGCUGGGACUACCUGCUGUAACUGCUGUCACCCUUUACAGACAUGAGGACCCAGCGUUGUCACUGGCAGCGGGUUUGACCUCCAGCCAGCCGGUAGCGAAGCUUCGAGCACUGCCUCUCUGGCUCUCCCUGCAGUACCUUGGUCACAAUGGCAUUGUCGAAAAGAUCAGACAUGCCACGGCUCUAAGCCAGCAACUCCUGCAGAAGCUAAAAGCUCUCACCUCCAUCAAAACAUCGGUGGAGGAUGAACUCAGCUCUCCUGUGGUGCUGUUCAAGUUUUCCCAGGAAAGUAGUGCUGCAUCCAGUGGGGGUUCAGUGGAAGGUUACUGCACUGGGGAGAAAGAGGUGCUUGAUUCCUUCAACAGAUGGCUGGGUGAACAGCUGGUUCAGCUGGUUCCCACCAGUGGGGUAGAUGUAGUGGAGCUUGAGGACGAAGGUACAUGUGUUCGCUUCAGUCCCCUCCUGACUGCGGCAGUUCUGGGGACCCAGCAGGAGAACGUAGAGGAGCUGGUGGAGAAGCUGUCAGAGCUGGUGCCUUUGAUGUGCUCCACGAUGUGCCUCAGACAGGACUUCAGAGAGGAAAUCCACCGACACUCACCCUCACUCAGAUACAUAGAGGACCUUAGCUGGCCUGGCCUUGGUGUUGUCAGGUAUGAGCCUCAGGCUGAAGGAAUGGAUGAGAGCAGGAGGAAGCAGGAGUUGGAGAAAAUCAACACCGAGCUGCUGAAGAAACUACAAGACCUGGAUACUGACAUCAUUUUCUCCACUGGCCCUGAGUUUGGGACAGAGGAGCACUGUAUUUUUGUUGGCAUGGUCACAGAGGACGUCGAUGUCACAGAGUUGGUGGAUACUGUUGCGGCCCUCGGGAGGGACAUAGAGGAGAGCGGAAGGCUAUUGGAGAACAUGACAGAGGUGGUGAGGAAAGGCAUCCUGGAGGCAGAGCUGCAGCUGCAGAAGGCCAAUGAGGAGAAACUCAUGGAAGAGGGGAUGCUGCGACAGAUUCCUCUGGUUGGCUCUGUCUUAAACUGGUUCUCUCCAUUUGAAAGCUCCAUAAAGGGGAGGACCUUCAACUUGGCUGCAGGUUCCCUGGACUCCACAGAGACCACAUACUCCACCAAGGCUCAGGCAGGCAGGCCAAACCUACAAGAAACUCCCACCUCCUCAUCAAAGAAAUUACCAGGUCAGAGGUUAUUCCGGCGUUCAGGGGUGGGCUCUGACUCUUUUAGUGAAACCAGCUCCAUUGGACAAGCUGAGGAGACAACCAGGGACGGGAGCAGCACUCAAAGUGGUAGCAUCCACCCACCCACCUCUCCACCCAUACCUAAAGAGGACUCUCACACUGCUUGUGAUGUCACACCAGAGAAAAUCCAGGAAUCCUCUGUGCAGGAGCACUCACAGGUUGAGGAUGAAGUGGCGUCAGAGGAGAGGCAGCCUGAAGGCCCAGAGGUGGAACAGAGUGAGAGAUAGGAUGACUCUCUCUACAGGUGUCCUCCAACCGUCCUCCAAAUGGUACCAGUCUAACAGAUGUUAAAAAGAAAGGUGUUAUUACAUUAAGAAUCUAACUUUUCCAAUUUUGAAGGGAAACCGAUUGAGAGCUAGACUGGGCUGUUUGUCUCUGUCACAGUUAAUGGCAAAGUCCACCCUGGAUUCUUUUACUGUGAUGCUCAGUUCAGUGCAUUCUAGUUAUUUAGUGAUAGUGUUCUAAUAUAAUGCCUGUUGCUGCAGCAGUCUGAUAAAUAUGUUUUCCAACAAUUUUCAGAAUUGCCUUUUGACCACUCCAAAACUGGACAUGAGAGGGUUGCUCUCAUUCCACAGUGUACUGGUAUACAUAAAACAUAUGUCUGGGGGAAAAAAAUAAGCACAUCUGCCUCUUAUGUGCUGAAUUCUCAUGGUAUCAUUUUUUUCUGUACAUUUAUGAAAAAUGUUCUGCUAUCAAACUCCUCUGUAGCUGCACUCAAAAUAUCUUGACAGAUCAUGUCCAGAGGUGGGUAGAGGAACCAAAAACUGUAACUGAGUAAAAGUACUGUUACGUUGCAACAACAAGGACUCAAGUAGAAGUAGUCAUUUAAAUGACUACUUGAGUUAGAGUAUUAAAGUACUUACUGAAAAAACGACUUGAGUAGUGAGCAACUUAAAGGAGCACUUCACCCACCAUGUGACCAUUUGUAUAGCAAUUACUCACUACAUGUUACGUUGAAUUCUUGAAGACAACUGUAUUUUUAUCUCAUGCCUCCUCUGUGAAUGGAGAAUCUAAAAAAGGUGAACAUUCUUCAUAAAUUGAAGUCACUGGGGAUCACGUUUAACAACAGCAAAACUGUAUCACAACAUUUGUGUAUAAACUCUCACACAACCCAUAUAAUCCCAUACUCAUUUAUCCAGUUGUAUGCUCAGUGCAUCCUAAACACAUGAAUUUUCACUAAAACGUUACAAUAUCAUACACUUUCACCUAUGAGUAGUGGGCUCUGAGCGUGCCUAAGCAUGCACGUGCUUAUGAAAUCUGCUUGAGCAAAGUUUAAACAUAUGUGCGUGCCCAGACACGCUACUUUGCCGUGCAUGAGACUAUCUGUAUUGACGUAGGGGUGGGUGAUGUAUUAAUUAUAGUCGUUGUAUCUCUGCUUGUUCCACGUGGGAUGUAGACAGGGACCAUAUUGUGAACAUUGGGUAUAAAUUUCUUGUCAUUUUUUUAAGCCAUUGGCAUGACACUCGCUUCCAAAAAAAGAAAACUAAAGGCUCACAAACAUGUUUCGUCAUGUUUUGCCCACCCAGACCCAUUUCCGGCAGGGAUAGUGUGUGAGCAGGCAAGGCAUGUAUUUUUGUAUCUGCAGGACUCCAGACUAUUUAGUCAUGUUUUGUGACCUUGGAGCACCAGGGUAACUUGCAGAUAUUAUUAAUAUAUGAACUUAAGAGCUGUUAGUUUGUGUUCCGCUUACAUUUAAUGGCACUGAGGUAACAGUUUAACUUCUAACAAAUUUAAUCAUAGUGUGUUAGCAGGCAAGGUGUGUAUUUUUGUAUCUGCAGGGCUCCAGGCCACGAUUGUUAAGUCACAUUUUACAACCACGGAGCACCAGUGCGACUUGCAAAAUGUAUCACUGUAUGAACUGGAGAGCAGUUUGUUUGUUGCCAACUCGCAGUGAACAAAUCCUCGUGUUUAAUGGCACCACGUUAAUGUUUUAACUUUUUUUCUAACUUUUAACAAUAACUCUUGACCAGAAGCUUCAAGUUCACAACCAAAACAUCAACACUUUGGCUCAAGAUGAGUCGGGUGUUUCAAAAUAAAAGCACCAGUGGUUCUCCUUUGAUUUAUUAAAUUAUAAGAAUACUUUAUUUAAUGUUAUUAUAAUAGUACCUUAUUUCACUUUAUUGUAACAGUAGCUACUUUAAUUAACUUCAGAGUACAGUAGAUUAGAGGGGAUUUUAAAAAAGGUAAAAAAAAAAAAAUAGAUAUAGAUAUAUGUGUGUGUGUGUGUUUGUAUCGCAAUAAAGCCUAAAAAUAUUGCAAUAUUAUUUGUAGGCCAUAUCCCCCAGCCAUUGUACUAAUGUUUUUUUAAAUCAUAAUUUUUAGUAAAAAUGCAUGUGUUUGGGAAUGGAUAAAUGUGACUUGCAUUAUACUGCGUGAGUUGUGUGAGAGUUUGUAAAAGGAUGUUUUGAUGUAGUUAAAUGUGGAACCAAUGACUUCAAUUCAUGAAAAAUGUGUUCUUGUUUUUUUUUUUGAUUCUCCGUUCACCAUUGAAGCAUGCAAGAAAAACAGUUUUCUUAUUGAUUUUAAGGCAACACACAGUGAGUAAUUAAUAUAAUAGUCAUUUUGUGAGUGAAGUAUUUCUUUAAGAAAUUUUAAAAAAGGAAAAACCUCGGCACAUUACUGUCUUUUUCUGGUAGUCUUUCAUUUGUUGUGGAUUUGACUGGAAAUAUUUUAACCACAGAUGGUCUUCUUCAGGUAAAAGUGAAAAAGUGGACUAACAACUGUAUUGAUUUAUGAUGAAAUGACAAUUCAUCAUCUCCUGAUUAGAUAACCUGCCACAUACACCAGGACAAUAUUCCUGGUCUGUAUCUCUCAAAUGGGUAAUGGAGUAAAUGUAACUACUCACCUCUGGUCAUAUCAUCUCUGACUGGCCCUGUAUUCACAGGUAUAACAGGAGUUAAACAACUGAUUGAAGUGUUUUAGGGUGGAUUUUUCCUUUAAAGGUAGGCUGGACAAGAGUUUUCAGAGUGACAUUCAGCCCAGCUCUGUGUUUUUACACUGAUCUAUUCGGGGUGUCUUGUUGUAUUAGAGCGGAGGAGGAGCCAGUAACACAUAGAAUUGCUUUAGCGCUAAAGAGAAAUAUGAUUGGUUCAGGAUCAGAGUCCCCGUCUAAUCAUCACCUCAACACUGAACUGGAAAUACAGCAGCCUGAUAUUAAAGCAAUGAGUCUCACUGAAAUCCAAAUUCCUUACUGUAAAUAGUCCACACAGAUGUCAUUUAUCUAAUCCAUGAAAUUACUAACUAAUUAUUUAUAAUAAAAUAAAUCUGUAUAGAAGGAGUAGAGUAUCAUAAUAUAUUUGAUCUUUAAAAAAGCCUACUGAUAGUAGCAAUCUCUUGCUUUCGGCCUCUACACGCUACGGUUAAGUUUGCACUGAAAGAACUCUUAAACAAAGAAUGAAGUCUGAAGAUUUUGAGACAAAAAUCACUUUUUUAACUUCAUGAGAAAUAGUCACAAUAUUGCAAAAAUAAAUUGUAUUAUUGUACAGUUAUGAGAUCAUUUCACACAAGUAGUUAAAUUACAAAAAAUACCCUUUGGAACUAAGAAAAAUGCUAAGUGCUCGGUAAUCAUUUGAGAUUGAAUUGUAAUUUUAUGAGAACAAAAUUGUUAUUAUUAUUAUGUGAAUAUUUAAUUAAUGAGUUAUGUAGAAUAGAUCUUUUACCACUGUACACAUAUAAAGUUACUAUUUUUCCUUUGUGUUUUGACUACAUUAAUUUCCCUACGAGUAUACAAUGUACAGUACAGUACAGUACAGUAUACAGCUCUGGUGUUUUAAAAUAGAGGUGGACAGACUGUUCUCUGUUUACUACAACUGAGUAAUGAAAUAUACAUUUUAGGCUUGGGCAGUAUCUAUUUUUUCAUACCUUCAUACCAUCCUUGACACUUAUCUGGAUAUACGGUAUAUGAUGGUAUUUGUGUUAAAGACAAAAAUGUGAAAGUAAAUAGUAAAUAGUUAUAACCCAUAGAAUAAUGAAUAGAUAGGAAAUAAGCGUCCUUCUUGCUGGAGGACCCAAUGAUACUUGUUGCCAUAGCAGAUAACGACACAUUAUUGGUGUCAACGCAGAUGAUGUGUUGGAUAAAAUCUUGUGGUUAAGAAACUGCUUUUGUAGUUGGAAAAACAAGAUAAAGAUACAUUUGGUAAUACUCCCAAACAGGAGCAGAGGCAUUUUUCUUUUUUACUCAUCCUGUAACGUUAUCCCCGCCACUUGCAAUUGCCAUCUUUCUCAGCUUAGCUGUCAGAUCCACUGGUAGAGACUGACCUCUUGUGGUACAUACUGUGUAGUCCAAUCAUUCCCUUCACUACAGCAUGACUGUAGUAGUUUAGUAGAAAGGGGAGCAUCUGCAUUUUUGAAGGUAUUGAAAGUCAUACCUUUGGGAUGUCUAAAUACCCUGAUACCACCCAAGCCUAAUAUGUUUAUUUCACAACAAAUUUAUUCUCAUUUCAAGUAUUUUCCUAGGAAUUAGGACUUUGCUCCAAUAAGAUCGUAUCCUUUUCUAGUAAAAUUACAUCUUUAUUUUGAUAGUGUGAGGACCCCCUCUCCAAAUACUGUGACUUUAUUCUCAAAAUUUCAAAAUAGUGUUCUAACAAUGGCUCUAAUACUCCAUUUUACAAUAUAAACUCCAGCCACAGCUCCAUGUAUCAAUAUCAGAUUCCCUUUAUUAUUGCAAAUGCAGCUAAGAUCAGAGUAAUGUUAAGGUUUUAUGUGAAUGUAUUUUAUUUUGUCAGUAAUGCAGCUUGAGCAAAAGUGACCUGUCACAGAGGACUGUUGCCUCACAGGCACUUAAACUGUAGGAAUAUUUCUGUCUUGCCAAAUACAUCCUGCCAGACAUCUGUCCAAGUAAAUCCCGUCCUGAUUACUAUUCAAACAUUUUCCAACUGCCAUAAUAGAGGGCCAACUGGAUGUUUUUGUUUGUUUGUUCAGUUUGUUUUGUUUGCUUAUUUGUUCUUGUUUGUGUGUUGUUGUUUUUUUGUCUUUUCUUUGUCAAUUGUGGAAGCAAAUAAGAAACCAAAGUAUUUGAAUUUUAACAGCCACUGAAUACUUAAAAUUUAAGCACCACUUAAUUCAUAGCAUUGAAAUAUUUCCUUUGAAACCAUGUAUCUGAAUUUUCUGUUUGGAAUUCACCUUCCUAGAAAUUAAACUGUUUUUUUAUUUGCAAUUUCAGAAGCUGAAUAUGAAUACUUUUUUCAAUGUUCACAAAUUCAGAACCAAAAACUCAAGUUUCAGAAUUUUCAAAAAAGUUCAACUUACAUUGCCCAAAUUUAGAUCUAAGAAUUCAAGUUGAAAAAAAUUUAGAUAGAAUGUCGAUUAAUCAAAACAUUCAGGCUCAAAUGUCUAUCCUUUCCUGGGUAACUUAGAUGUUGCUAUUUCAAUUUUUUUACAACCUGAAUUUGACUAGCUGAAUUUGAGCAACCUGAAUCUAUUUUUUGUAACUCUUCUGAACAUAUGUAAGUUGUGAACAUAGAUACGUAUAUAUAUAUACACGUGUGUGUGUGUGUGUAUGUAUAUAUAUAUAUAUAUAUUCAAAUUCAGCUUUUGAAAUUGCAAAUCAAGAAAUAUAUGAUAACAUAUAAAUAACAUAAUUAAGAUUUAAUAUAUCUUAAUUUCAAAGAGGUGAAUUUGGAACAAAUAAAUUUAGAUACAUGGUUUUCAAUGCUAUGAAUUCCGUGCUGUCUAAAUUUUAUUAUCAAAUAUUCUGUAGCUAUUAAAACUCAGUUACUAACAGUGUGUGUCUUUUUUGCUUCCGUAACAAUUAAGUUGAUUCUGCUGGGCUUGGAAAUUCACUCAGCCAACACUGAGGUCCAUCUUUUGCCCCUGUUCCCUUGAUGUCUUUUGGGACUAAUAAUGGCAGAUAGCACAGGCCGAUGAUGAGCAUGUUGUUUGCAUUUUUUAAAUGUCUCUUGAAAGGAUUUAUGUGUGCAGAAGUUCACAAAGUUCAAACAGUUCUCACACCAUCAGUGAGCUAAAUGAAUCGGGCAGCUUUCAAGAACAGUUUAUCAUGGUUUGAGAUGUUCAUGUCCUGCAUUCCUUUUGCAAUCUGUUUCACAUGUGUGAACAUUAUUAUCCAGUGUGUCUACCAUACCAGGACAGACAUUUUUAGGGUAGAUCUUAAAGGACCCUAUACACGGUGUGGUUUUGGUCAUCCCAGAUGAAAGUCAGUCAGUUGUGAGAGAAAUGUGGUGAAAUCUGUGGAUGUCAGUCUAAACUGUGGUUCCAGAUUUCACAGUGAGGCACCUCCACCCACAACUGCUACACAAGUUUUCAAAGACAGCCUGCUUCAAACUGACCAGCCCAGUCCUGACAUCACACUGUAACUGCUCGUAAACAUGCCCUCAAAACUGAUAUUAUGACUGGUUGUGACCAAUAUUGCAUUAGACCAGGGGUAGGCAACUUGCAACUCCAAAGCCACAUGUGGCUUUUUAGCCCCUCUCCAAUGGCUCUCUGUGGCAUGGACAGAAAUGAAAGUGAAUAACGCUUGUUUUAAUUGUCAUUUAUCAUUGUUAAAAGCCUAAAGUGAUUCUUAUUCUUUAAUUAUAAAAAUGCGUAGCCUAUACACUGAAUUAAAAAUGUUUUAAAGGUCCAGUGUGUAGGAUUUAGGGGGAUAUAUCAGCAGAAAUCGAAUACAAUAUAAUAAUUAUGUUGUCUUUUGUGCAUAAUCACCUGAAAAAAAAGAAUCGUUGUGUUUUUGUCCCCCCUAGUCACUGUAGUUAGCAGUCCCUCCACAAUGAGCAGUAUUGGAAAAACACUGUUUUUUAUGUGAAGAUUCUUUAUUUAGUGUGUUACUGGUUGAAAUCACUGGUAAAGGGAAGAAGAGACCUCUGCGGAUAAUUCUUCUCCCGGUAAAAACCUCUUGAAUGUUUGGAUCAGAAAUAAGGUGAGCACACAUUAGGAGGCACUGGGUGAACGGCCCGUUUGCAACGUGCCAAAUAGCAUAGGAGAAACACUAAUUUAUAAUGUUAAACUGCUUUAUUCAGUGUAUUUACUGGUUUUAAUCACCUGGUUGUUUGUUUUAGAAAGGAAGGGACCUCAGUGGAUAAUUCGGCUCCCAGUGAAAACAUCCUGAACAAUGAACACUAAAGGAAUUCUAGCCGGGAGAAGUUUCAGCUGGUUGCAAUCUGCCAUUCUCACCACUAGAUGCCACUAAAACUUACACACUGGUCCUUCAACAUCUUGUCAACUAAAAUGUGCACCGCACCAUCUUACACACCUGUGGGAUCACUGUAAUGCCAUCUUGUCUAGACGCCUUAAUGUCUCGCUGAAAGUGUUGGAAAUUUCUUCAAGCUUUAUUUUGGCAAAGAAACCAUGGGAGUAGCAGGAAAUGGAAUUGACAGUUUCUCAUUAGUGAGGGAUUCUCAUUCAUUUUACGCCUUUUGGAAGUGAAUGGAAGCAAAUAAGUCUCAAUAGGUUUGGCACAAUGAUUUAAAAUUUGUAUUCAUGGAGGUGCCUGAAUGUAAAAACUAAAUCUUAAAACAAUGAGAAAUGCCAAAACCCAACCUUUAGCGCUGGUGGAACAUUUACCAUAAAGAGUUGUAAAAUGCGGGUGACAUACAGUGCUUUGAUAAGGAAAUAACAGUGAGAAUGAAGAUUACAAAAGAAUCUAUUUCAGCGUUAUUGCACUUGUUCUGUAGAUAAUUUCUUUACUACUGUUCUUUAUUUCUUUCAUGGUGUAAAUGAAGCAGAAUGGUGAUGAUGAUUAUUUCUGUUAUGUGAUUAUAAUGCAAAGCUAAAUCAAUAACUUUAUGAAGAACUUUUGAUUUGUGAAAUGUCCUGGACCGUCCUGCCUCUGUCACUGUCUGAAUGAUUGAUUGUAUUUGAUAAGCAGAAUCUUUACUCUUGAAUCUUUUCUACUAUUAGUUUACAGUGCAGAAACACUUUGACAUUUUGUGUAAAUUCUGUCUCUUAACAGAAUAAAUUCAAAGUUUUAUAGUCUUAAUGUGAGGCCACAGCUUUCUGUGGAUCAGUUAUAAUUCUAAAAAUACCUCCCUAUCUGAUUUGAAGUCUUCCUUUGUACUGCUGGGCAUUGGUCAUUAAAUGCAACUGGCAUGUUUGUGGUUCAGUUGGUCAGUCUACAUUCUUAAUUACAUCUGCAAUUGUAUGUGAGCCCUAGAUGUCUGAAAGCAGAGCAGUAAAUGAAAGAAAACAAGAAAAGCAAAAGCAAUUUCAGGCUUUAGUUACAAUGAGCACAUUUACAGACAAAAUGAGAAUCACAAAAUGGAAAAGUGCUGUGUGAAUAAAUGCAUUUAAGAGACGGUAACAGAAUUGUACACAUGAAGGUAAAGGGGUAAUACUACAGUGUAUCUGUAAUGUAGCCAGAACAGACCCAGACAAGUUUUAAUCUGUAGAAAUGUACACUGACUGUCUUACGCCUAAAAGAGGACCAGUAUGUGGCAGCAGUUGAAGAGUGAAACUCAGAGAGGUGUGGACUUGAGUCACAUGACUUUGACACAAGUCAGACUGGAGUCACAAAUUUGAUGACUUUAGACUCAACGAAAUAAAAAAAUGAUUUUCAACUGGACUUAAACACCUUCCCCCAAACCUUAAGAUUAAACAGUAUGUUAUUUGAAAAGUGUGCCACAAAUCAGUCCUUUUCAUGAUGCAAUAAACAUUAACGCUAUGCAUUCCCAGCAAACUGACAUUUAAUUUCCCUAAUCCACUAUGUCUGAUCCAAUCUGACAGCAUCUAGUCAAAGUGCAGUAGAGAACCAUGAAGAAAUGACAUUACUGAGUGCCAGUUGGGAAAAAAAUGAUACCAAAGAUAAUUUUAGUUGCAUAGAAAAGCUAUGCUGUGGAAAACAAAAAAACAAUUGCAGUAUGCAAAACAUGCAGGUCAAACAUUACAGAUGAAGAUGCAACAACUUUAAACCUGUUUCUGAAAAAAAAAUUUUUUUAAAAGGGAUUCAUCUUUCUUUUCUGUUUUUUUAAGUCUACUUUAUCAUUUCAUUGUUAUUGACUAUUUUAGGACUUGAAAAUCAAUGACAUCUUUUAUGCACAGGCAGUAAGUCAUGGAUUGCAUGGAACUGUAGAUAUGUUGCUUUUAUUGAGUUGCCUUUAUCUAAAAUAGGCAAAUAACUAACCAUAAUAUUACAAUUAAUAAUGAAUAAUAACGUCACUCUUCAGAUACUGCUUAUCUAAAAGCAGAGUUGUGUCCUUUGAAUUUGAAGUUUAUGCCUUCGGGGACAUUUUUUUAAUGAAUAGGCCAUUUCCUCUGGUUGAACUGGUAAUUUGGACUGCUUUAAUGCCUGAGGGCAUGUUCAAAACCACAAAAUAUUUUGAUAUGAUUCCUGUUAUGUAACAUAUAUAAUGACUUGUGUUCCAUUUCAUCAGAUAUGAUUAUCCCAGGGGUAUAUAUCAUCAUGAGGACAUUGAACCAAUACACUGUUGUAUGCUUAUUCAUUAAUUCUCUCAGCAUAGUUUGUAUGUUGUAUUACAAAGCUGUGAUAUACCUCUUGUGCCCGAAAGUGACAUGCAUUGGUUGAUAAAAUGAAAAAGGAAUUUAAAGGGAAUGGCUUUAGAUAGUGAUGGAGGUUGGUCUGAUGCAAAACAAAAUAUAAUUUUAUUAAAUAAUGAACCCA